AUGGACAAAAGCAAGCCUCGAGACAAUGGCAACAACUUGCAGGACAUUGAGGACACUAAGCAAUUUCUUUCCAAGAGAUUUAAGCUCAAAAACUUGAGUCAACUUAAAUAUUUCUUGGGGAUUGUGCAAGGUCAAAACAUGACAAAUGGGAGGCUACUGAAUGAUCCAUCUUCAUACAAAAGGCUUGUAGUUCAUGUAUUAAGUCAAUUCAUGGAUAAACCCCGGCAACCACACCUUGAAGCAGCGCAUAAGGUUCUUAGAUACACCAAGCAAACGCUUAGGCAAGGAAUUCUCUUACCCUCCACAGGCCAAGCACCAAUUUCUUGGAAAACGAAGAAGCAAAGCACUGUAUCUCGAUCAAGUACAGAGGCGCAGUAUCAUUCUAUGGCUACCACUUAUUGUGAGAUUACAUGGUUGAAGAACAUCUUAAAGGAUUUGAGAGUAAAUCACACACAACCAAUUAUACUCUUAUGUGACAAUCAAGCUGUUAUGCAUAUUGCUUCCAAUCCGGUAUUCCAUGAAUGA